AUGUCCAAUUGGAAAUCAAUGAAAACCAUCACGGACCUCGACUAUUACAACGAAAAGGGUGAACUUGAGUUUGCUGCUGGUACAUUUGACUCUUUGGACAAUCGAGCCGGUUCUCGUGGUUACACUAAGAUUAACACCGAAGAACAAGUCAACAAGUAUGGCGCGCUUGACAGAAAGACCGACUUUUUGUUUAGAGAAAGAAAGAACCCUCGUCAGAAACAGGAAAAGUCAGCAGAAUACGAGAAGGCGGACUUGGACUACAACUCUGACGACCUGGACUACGAGGCUGAAGACAAUAUUGAUAGCAAUGAAGCAUUACAAAGCACCAAGAGCAUGUUGACAGAUUCACAGAAGUUCGCUUAUGUAGGCAUCACUAAGUUGAUAAUGGUAGAUAUGGCUACAGAAUUGGCAAAGGUACAGAUCAACUCGUCCGGAAAAGUCGCCAAACAGUUGAGUUCGGGUCAGCGCCACUUUGCUAACUGGACAUUGUACAUUAUGUCCAAAUUGUACGAACAUAUGGACGUAUCUGAGGACGAGAAGAAAAUGAUAGAAAACCUCAGUUUGCAUGGUCUAGAAGUUUCAGAUCUCUCUAUAAGUCUUCUAGAAGUCAACAAUUACAAGAGCCCCGAUAUUCCAGCUGAUUCGCUACAGUUGGAGCCUGAUUUCGAUCUCAGAUGGGUCGUUGUAUGCGAUCUUUUCUUAUUGCUCUUAUCUGACGGCUACUAUGAUAGCCGUUCCCGGUCUUUACUAGUAAGAUUCGCCAAGACUCUCAAUAUCGAAGGGAUCGAGAUCCUUCAAUUUGAAAGAAGGUUGAUAGACAGCUUGGAAUUGGAGUCUGGCGAAAAGACAAUAGAAAAUAAAGAUGAUAAAUUAGUAGAUUCUACCUUCAUAGACAGACAAAUGAAGAAGAACAGAAGGAAACGAUUGGCAUAUAUUGGUUUGGCUACGUUGGGUGGAGGAAUUGCCAUUGGGCUCUCGGCAGGUUUGUUGGCACCAGUUAUUGGCGCAGGUUUAGCAGCUGGUUUGACCACUGUAGGUAUUACAGGAACGUCAGGGUUCCUAGCUGGUGUAGGUGGAAGUGUGAUUAUAACAACUAGUGGAAUUGCCAUUGGGGCCAAAGUCGGAAACAAGGCUGGUACUAGAAGAACAGGAGAGGUACACACUUUUGAACUCAAGCCAUUGCAUAAUAACAAAAGAACAAAUCUCAUUGUUACAGUUUCUGGUUGGAUGAAUGGUGAGCUAGAUGAUGUGAGACUUCCAUUUUCCACGGUGGAUCCUGUUAUGGGCGAUAUGUUUUCUUUACUUUGGGAGCCAGAAAUGUUGCAAUCCAUGGGACAAACAAUUGGAAUCUUAGCCAGUGAAGCCUUAAGUACCUCUAUCCAACAGAUUUUGGGAGCAACAAUUUUGGCAGCGCUCAUGUCUGCAAUUCAAUUACCGAUGGCUCUUUCGAAAUUGUCCUAUUUAUUGGACAAUCCAUGGAAUGUUUCCUUGGAUAGAGCCUGGAAGGCAGGCAAGAUUCUUGCUGACACUUUGAUUUCAGGAAAUUUGGGUGUAAGGCCAAUUACAUUAGUAGGGUUCUCAUUGGGAGCUAGAUUGAUCUAUUCGUGUCUCAUUGAAUUGGCCAAAAGGGGAGGGUUUGGACUUAUUGAAGAUGUCAUCAUCUUAGGAAAUCCAAUUGCUGUGAAGACAGACCAAUUAGCAUUGGCUAGAUCUGUGGUGAGUGGUCGUUUCAUUAACGGUUAUUCAAAGAAAGAUUGGAUUCUUGGAUAUUUAUUCAGAGCUACAGGAGGUGGCCUUCUGACAGUUGCAGGCCUUUCUCCAAUCGAGAACAUAUUUGGAAUAGAAAAUAUUGACUGUACUGAAUUAGUUGAGGGUCAUAUGUCUUACAGAACUGCCAUACCCAAAAUUUUGAAGAAAAUUAACUGGGAGGUAUUGAGCGAAGAGUUUGCCGAAAUUGAAGAGCCAGAUCCAGAACAGAAAGAAAGAACAAGAAAGCUUAUCAGUGAAUUCGAUGAAGCUAGAGCUAAAAUGAAAUUGGAAAUGGAGUCCCAAGCAAAACCUACUGGCUGGAAAAAAUGGUUCAAGCCUAAGCAAAAGGAUUGGUGGGAAAUCUACGAGGCCGAAAACAAAAAAUCCGGUACUACAUCAUCAGCUAGAACGUCAACUUCGUCGGGUCAAGGUGUAGCGGCUAACCAGAGAGCAUCUACAAUUUUUGAUGUUCAGGCUCUUCUUCUGGAAGUGAACGACAUUGAAAGGCUUGCAGCAGAAGAUGAGACUACUUUGAAAAACGUGAGAGAU